AAUUCCAUUUCCACGUGCAGAAAACACAAAACAAGAAAAGCAUAUACCUAACCCCACCGCGUUAAUUGGCGGUGUCAUUUCUUUCUCACCCAAGAAUUCUUCCCAGUCCAUUUUCAGCUUUUAUCCACCGCCUCCACCCACCCUUCUCACCCUUCUCCACGGCCGCAACCGAUUAACACCACCGGAAAUUGUAAAAAUUCAAUCCCAGCAAAACCCGUAGCUCUUUUGGUCAUUUUUUUUAAUCCAAGAAAAGCAUAAUUACUUCAAAACUGCUGUGAAACUGAAAACAAUCACCAAAAUUGUAAAAAUCACAGGAAAAUUCUUGAUUCUUUUGGUCAUUUCGACUGAUAUCAAUGAUGAAUUGUGAGAGUAACGAAGUGGAAUCGGAAUACUCGAUGAAGAUGCCGGAAAAUAACAAGAAUUCUUCGAUCACCAAAAAAAGCUCGAGCGAAACCACCGAAAAACCGCUCCACCGCCUCUACAGCUCAAAGGUCUUCCAGCGCCAAGAUUCCAUCAAGAAUCUGUACAGUUCAUCCUUCAAAUCCAUGGUUUCCGUCGGAAUUUCGUUCAAGAGCAGAGUCAGAAAAGUCUGCUCCAUUUUUGAAUCCACAAAACACCCACCAAAUACACAAUCCCUUACAAAAUCCCCCAAAUUAUUAUUACCUGCAGAUUCCAAUUUUAUCCCUUACCCGAUUUCGGAUUCUCCUUUCCGUCUCCCGGGCACCGAGGACAGAGUCGUCGUUUAUUUCACCAGCCUUCGUGGGAUUCGAAGAACGUUCCAAGACUGCCAUGAUAUUCGAAUGAUUUUUAAAGGCUUUCGCGUCCGCCUGGACGAAAGGGACAUUUCAAUGGAUGCAACGUACAGGAGGGAAUUACAGAAAGUAUUGGGAGAAAGCAAUGUGAGUUUGCCACAAAUUUUUAUAAAGGGAAAGUACAUUGGAGGAGGUGACGUUGUAAAACAGCUGCUGGAAGGAGGUGAGCUCGUGAUAAUGAUCAAAGGACUCCCUUUAAUGGCGCCAAAGCCUUGUGAGGCGUGCGAUGAUGUACGGUUUGUUCUGUGCACAAACUGCAAUGGCAGUCAGAAGUUUUUUGAUGAGGAGAUGAAGAGGUGUCCGGAGUGCAACGAGAACGGGCUCGUGCGUUGUCCACUUUGCUGCGAAUGAGUGUUGAAAUGAAUCAACAAAAACCCAUUUUGGUAAAACUGUGUGAUUGUUUUAUGCGGGAAUUGCUUGUGUAUAUACUAUACAAUGCUUGAGCAUUAUAAAUUUUCGAAUUAUUUGGUUGUCUUUCACUUCGAUGCUAAACAUUGAUGUACAUUUUUAAGUGUCCAACUUUUUAUUUGGAGAAAGAAACGAGGAAAUAGAGAUUGCAGUCAAAUUCUUGUGUAAUUGGGAUUUGGCUUUGCAACGA